CUUCCGGGUCGGGGCUGAGUGCGGGCACAGGACUAGAAGAGGCAGUGCCUGACAGGGUGAGCACACCUAGCUGUAGCCAUGGCUUACCAGUACGGAGCCCCGGACCAGAACUUCCUAAGCAACGUCUUCCGCAGAGUGGACACAGACAACAGUGGCAUUAUAUCGGACGUUGAACUGCAGCAAGCUUUAUCCAAUGGUACCUGGACACCGUUUAACCCUGGCACUGUCCGAGCUAUUAUCUCCAUGUUUGACAGGGAUUACAAAGGCGGUGUGAACUUCCAUGAGUUUACGGGGGUGUGGAAAUAUAUCACUGAUUGGCAGACUAUAUUUCGGUCCUAUGACAGAGAUAAUUCUGGAUUGAUUGACAAGAAUGAAUUAAAGCAAGCCUUAACAAGUUUUGGUUAUCGCUUGACAGAUCAGUUUUAUGAUAUUCUCAUUAGAAAAUUCGACCGGCAGAGGAGAGGACAGGUUGCCUUUGACGAUUUCAUCCAGUGCUGUAUUGUCUUGCAGAAAUUGACUGAUGUUUUCAGACGCAGUGACACAGACCAAGAUGGCUGGAUACAAGUCUCAUAUGAACAAUAUCUUUCCAUGGUCUUCAGUGUCAUAUGAUGCCAAAAGGAACCCUGGCCCAGAUCAGUAACACAGACUGUAUUGCCAAAUCUAAUUUACGGGAAUGUGGCACAACUAAGGCCUGUUUCACACUGCCUUCCUGAGUUCCAGCAGAAUCUCUGGAUUCGGCGUUGCCAGAUGUUACUGGAAUGCCCACCAGCCCCUUUGACUAUAAUUGGGUCCAGUAGAGAGAUGCCAGGAUUCGGACAGAUUGCAUUAUAGUCAAAGCGGCCCUUGGGUAUUCGGUUAACAUCCGGCAAUGCUGGAUCCAGAGAGCCUGCCAGAACUGAGAACAGCAAUAUGAAACAGGCCUAAGGUGCUGUGUUUAGCCGCCUCCUAUAUUUUUCUAACAUCCUCAUCAAAUUCUAAGUUAUGUAUACAAAGCUUAUUUUUACUGUUUGUUAGUGAUAUUAAUCUAGCCAUAUUUUUAUUUGUACCGCAAUGAAUUAAGACAAUGUCAUAAAUGUCUUUAUAUGUUUAUAUGAUUUUGCAUGUAGCUUUUGUCUUUGUGCCAUGAAAAACUUUCAUUGAGCCGGAAAUGCAUAUGUGCUUGGAUCUACAGUAAGCAUUGCACUCUAAGUACAGUGAUCCCUCAAGAUACAAUGGCCUCAGGAUACAAUACUUUCACCAUACAAUAGUCUUUUCUGACCCAUCGUAAGGUGAAACUAGACUCAACAUACAAUGUCUCAGACUGCGAUCCAACCAAUCAAAGCCAAUUCUCUGGUAAAGUAGUUGUAUUAGUUGCUACUUAGCAGCUCUUUCUGACUUUUAUAUGUAAGGACUUCAUUUUUCUUAAAUCUUCUUCAUUUUUCCCUUAUCUUGGAUGACAUUUUGGGGCUUUGGAACCAAUUACUCAACUUACAAUGGUUGUCCUGGAACCAAUUAAUGUAACUUGAGGGACCACUCUACAUGGUUACCACCUGUAGCAUCUACAUGUCAUAGGGCAACCUCUCAGACAUAACUGUAUGGCUUAAAAUACAAAGCACUCAGCACUAAUAUCUCAUGAAAUGUGAGGGAAGACAUGUCAUAGUAGUACUCUGCAUAAAGUUACUUUGUAAGUUUCCUCCAUUCGUUUAUAAGCUAAAUUGUGUGUGUUUCAUGUUACUAUAGAGAAGUGCAUUGUGGGAGCUCCACUGUCACAAUUAUAACUGAGUCCAUUGGCAUUCAGAAUAUGAAUGGAGAAAAACAAAGGGGUUGUUUGGACCCUCCCUCAUCAGGCAACAAAACCUGUGAAGAGAAACCUACCUGUUCUGUACUGAUCCCACCUGUCAGCUUCUGCAUGGACAGGGACACAUGUGCUGCUGCAGUCAAUGACUGGUCUCAGUGGUGAUGUGUCCCAAAGCAGCAAGCUGCUGCUAGGCCAUGUGCCACUUGGGAACACAUCACUGCUUAAUCCAGUCAUUAAUCUCCCAAAUGGGGUGACUUCACUUGCAGACCCAUACUCAUUCUAUCCAUUCCUGGGUGGAUAACAUUAUUAAAAUCUCCCAACAUUAUUACUGGGAUGGUGGGUAGGUCUGCUACGAAAGCUAGUACUCUCUUAAUCACCAGCGGCGAAUAUGGUGGUGGCACACAUAUACCUAUUAUACAUUGGGUUGUAUAGAUUUUACAUUGUAGGCAUCUAUACUUUGGGGUAGACAUGUGAAUGCUAUAUUCCUAUGGCUGAGGAUACUGACUCCUCUCGCAUAUAUAGAAUAAGUGGCAUGAAAACCAUGCCCUGCCCAUUGAGGACAAAGUAACUGGGUUUGGUCUGUCAGUAGGUGGGUUGAUAUUGUUUUAUGCUAUCCAAUAUGGCUCUUUUAUUGGUUUCUUUUACUCCCCUAACAUUCCAGCUCAAGAACCUAAUCAUCCCUGCCAUACUUAGAUUUUAUGUAGUAAAUGAUUCUCUGGUUCUGUCCAGGGACAGCUGCCUUAAGAUGGCACAUCCUUGCUGAGCAGUAAUGGUUCUUACAUCUUUCUCUCCUGACCUCAAAUCUCAUGGUUGCAAUUCCCGCAAUGUAGAGUACAACACCCCUCAAACUUUUUGCCUCUAUAAAGGCAGUUUUAAAGCUCUGGCCUCCCCCGCAGGUCCCCACUAGAACACCUUAGUUACAGGUCUGUGGGACAAAAUAGUACCUGCUGCCAAGGUCGACCGCUUUUGGUUAGUUAAACCACCCAAUUUACAGGGUGGUGCUGCUAAUGCAGAUGACUGUAUAACUCAAUGUUAAUAUAAACUCAAAGAAAGCAUGUCCUAGCCAUCUGCACCUCUUUCCAUCAGUCAGUAUUGUAGACUCUAAUUUUAUAACCUUUAUGCUGUGCUAUUCAUCUCUCUUUAUCUUAUAGAAGUGGCCCUCUUUGUCUUUCAUACUGUACCAUGCACAUUAUCUAGGCAUUCUCACGUACGCUUAAUCCAGUCAUUAGCAGUAGACACCAUGGGAGCUGCAACAGAGUAGGGGGGAGCAAGUAUGCAGGUUUCUCGUCGUGCAAGAUUUAAUGGUGUCACACUGCGGCCGCAACACGACAGUC